GCAACCCUCUCCUGCUCCCUCCCCUCUUGAGCCUCUGCCUCUCAGGUGUGCACGCUGGUCGUGAGCAGGAAUGGGGGACUGGAGUCUUCUUGGGAAUUUCCUUGAAGAGGUCCAGGAACACUCCACCUCAGUCGGGAAGGUUUGGCUCACCAUCCUCUUCAUCUUUCGCAUCCUGGUGCUGGGCACGGCGGCGGAGUCGUCGUGGGGUGACGAGCAGAGCGACUUCCUGUGCGACACGCAGCAGCCCGGCUGCACCAACGUGUGCUACGACAGCGCCUUCCCCAUCGCCCACAUCCGCUACUGGGUCCUGCAGAUUGUGUUUGUCUCCACGCCGUCCCUCAUCUACAUGGGCCACGCCAUGCAUACGGUGCGCAUGGAGGAGAAGAGGAGGAGGAGGGAGAAGGAGGAGAAGGAGGCCAGGGUGGAAGAUGGAAGAGACCUCCAGGAGAAGGAGUACCUCCAGCAGAAUGAAAGCAGAAAGGAGGUUGCUUCAGAGGGGACGGUCCGUGUUCGUCUAAAGGGAGCCCUGCUGCAGACGUACAUCCUGAGCAUCUUGAUCCGAACGGUGAUGGAGGUGAUCUUCAUCGUGGUGCAGUAUCUGAUCUAUGGCGUGUUCCUCAAGGCGUUGUACCUGUGCAAGUCCUGGCCCUGCCCCAACCCCGUAAACUGCUACAUGUCUCGCCCCACAGAGAAGAACGUCUUCAUCGUCUUCAUGCUGGUGGUGGCCGGCGUGUCUCUCCUGCUGUCUGUGCUGGAGCUCUACCACCUCGGCUGGAAGAGCCUCAAGAAGUGCCUUCAUAGAAGGAUGAUCCAGAAGAGCAGCCACAGAGCGGUGACCGUGUCCCCGGCCUUGGAGUCUAACAGCCACCCGCAGCCCUCCACCCCCUGCACCCCACCCCCUGAGUUCAACCACUGUCUAGCAGACCCAAACCCCUUGACCUCCCUGACCUCUCACCCUUUCAACACCAGGAUGGCGCUGCAGCAGAACUCGGUCAACCUGGCCACAGAGCGGCAUCGCAGCUGCAACGACCUGGAGGACGAGGAGGACUUUUUAAGGAUAAGAUACGAGCAGACGUCUUCAGAGCUCCCCAACAGCUGUUCCCCUCCACCUCCGCUGCACUCCGGGUACCAGAAGGACAAACGGCGUCUGAGCAAGAGCAGCGGGACCAGCAGUCGGGCUCGACAAGAUGACCUGGCAGUGUAG